UUAAUCCGGUGUCCUUCUUCUAUUAAAGCUGCUUUAAUAAUAUAUGAACGGAGAUACGGAAUCAGCCGAAGUUUUGACGAGUGACUGUGAACUGUGUUGAUGAAAAUAUUAUGCAGGCCGGUAGAUAAUCCUGAGGCUUGAAACAUUCUACAUAUAUGCAGGUGCAAGUUUUCAUCAUCUUACUAUUGACCCAUUAUGUACUGGGCUUUGAAAAGUGUCCAGAAAAUUAUAUAAAGAGACACAAAUGGAUUGGUGUUGUUGACAGAAAGGGUUUUUGCUGCAAAAAACUUGCCAAAAAUUGUAGUGAAGGAUUUUUCGUUGAAACAUGCACUGAUCAUUUAGAACAUGACAUAUGUCGACCUUGCCCAGCAGAUCAAUGGUUGGCUGAUGAAACAAACUCUGAUUAUGUUUAUAAGUGUGAAUCCUAUUCUUGUCCGUCUGAGUCAAGAAGAGUAAAUUAUUUAUCUGAAGGUCAUGGGGGUUGUCGUAAGCCAUGCAUUUGUGAUACAGACAGAUAUUAUUAUGGGUAUGAUGCCUGUAACUGUAAUGUGUACCAAGGAAAAUGUCCUCCAUUUGAAAAACUUGCCUUGAAUGGAAAAUGUUUGCCUGAAAGAGAAGCAAACAAAGUUAAUGAUCUGAGACCUAAAAGUGAUGUAGUUAAUAUUCCAAUACCAGACAUAAAUACGACCAAUGGUAUGUUUUUCUGUCCAACUGUAUAGACUUCAGUCUUAAAUGAUUUUGAUGAUUUUUAUUUGUAAGCAAAUGUUGGAUAAGACAAGGUUUUACAACAGCAGAUGGCUAACUUAUAGAAAAAGAGAUAUGAUAUCAAAAGGGGAGUUCAAAAACAAUUAGUUAAGUCAAAAAGAAAAAUGAUGAAAAGGCAGCAACAGUCCACAAAAACCUAAUGCUUGAGAAACGAGGACCACACCAAAAAAAACGGGGGAUGCCAAAACCAAAAAUGUCUUGUUUCUGGUUGACUGAUUUCACCUUUUUAUUCUCCCGUAAAAAGUUUCUGGAGCAUAUAGUAACUGCCUUGUCUGUCCGUCUUUCUUUCUGUCUCUCAGUGAGUCCAAAACAAAGGGUUUCCAGAAUAUAACGUGUUUCCAUUGCUUGAUUGGUAUGAAAAUUAAACAGAUUGUAAAAUAAAAUUUUUGACAAUCUGCAGUCA